UAUUCCUAUUAACACAUGGUAACAUUUUUCCCCAAUAGCAGUAUGGGAUUGUCAAGAAAUUUCAGAGAAUUCCACAAAUUGUCUCAGACGUCAAGGCAAACAUCACAAACCAGAUGAUCAUUCAUCAGCCUAAGUCAACUCUCUGUAUAAGAUCAUGAUGGAAGCAAUGAGACAGCCUUAGGAAUCUUUUGAAUUUAAAAAUUGCUGAUUGUUUUUUCUUUGGAACUCCAAUGUUGACUUUUCUGAUUUUAGGCCUAAUGGAAUUCUUUCCACAAAGUAUAAACUUAGUAGUUACUGAGAAAGGCUUAUAAAUGCUUACCAUGUCCCUCGCAAAAAUACAAGACCAGAAGCGCUGAAAUUAGAUAUACCUACUCAAGUUGAAGUUGAAGCUUGAAAAUGAGGGAGGCCAACAGUAGCUCUGUGGUGGUGGUUGACUUUUGGGGUAAUGGUUUUGGCAUGAGGGUGAGGAUAGCUUUGGAAGAGAAAGGGAUCAAAUAUGAAUACAGGGAAGAAGAUCUUACAAACCCUCAAAGAAGCCAACUAGUUUUGGACAUGAACCCAGUGAGAAAAUCAGUGCCUAUCCUGAUUCAUCAAGGACAACCGGUUUGUGAUUCUGCAGCAAUACUUGGAUAUAUUGAUGAAACAUGGAAAGAUGGUUUCCCUUCAUUGCUUCCACGUGAUCCUUAUGACAGAGCCAUUGCAAGAUUCUGGACUCAUUUUCUUGACAAUAAGGUUUUUAGCACACAAGCUAUGUUCUUGAAGAGCAAAAGUGAUCGAGCAAAAGAAGAAAGCAAGAACGAACUGAUUGGAGAGUUGAAGCAACUGGAGGCAGUGUUAGGAGAUGAACAGUACUUCGGAGGUGCAAAUUUCGGAUACCUGGAUGUUGUCCUCAUUCCCUUCUCAAGCAUGUUUUAUGGAUAUGAGAGUCACGGCAACUUCAAACUGGAGGAGGAGUGCCCAAAAUUAUCAGCUUGGGUCAAAAGAUGUUUAGCAAGGGAUAGCGUUCGAAAAGUUCUUCCUGAUUCUGUGGAGAUGUACGAGUUACAUAAAAAAUUCUAUGGAAUUGAGUAGAUUGGCAUCUCUUAGCACAUAUGUUUAAGGAGUGAAGUUCAGAACACUUUCUGAAUCUGGUUCCAUUUUUCAAGAAAUUGUUGAACUUUGCUACAUAUGUUUCAGUUUUCACAGGUGGUUCUGUUUUUGGUUCUCUUAAUAAACCAAAAAGGAAAAAGGAGAAGCGUACUUCAAUAUAUAAAAAUUCUUCGGUGUUUGGUUUUGUA